CUGAACCUGUGUGACUUGACGCACGCUGGAAGCAGUGGUUUGUAAUGAUGUGAGAACUGGCGUCUCCCUGUCAGAUCAGUGAGUGUGGAGGCCGACCUGUGGCCAGACGGACAGCAGACUGAGUGAGGGCAAAGUUUUCUGUGGAGACUGUUUAUAUCCAGCUCUUCUCUCACACACAGACACACAGUCAGCUGCUGCCGCCCGGAGCGCACAGACACGGUGAGCAGCAUGUAGCCGGGGCUGUGGACAGCUGCUGUAUGUCUCUUCUCUCUCUGCCGUGGCCCUCUGCCUGCCGCCGUCCGCUGCACUGAUCCGAGCCCCGGUGACCCGCUGGAGCCAUGGGUGGGAGUCUGGGCUGCCACCGCUCCAUCCCCAAGGACCCCACUGACUUCAGCUGCGGCAAGCGUAAAUUCAGCGCUGCGUGUAACUUCGGCCACAUCCUGGUGAACCAGGAGCGGCUCAACAUCAACACAGCCACCGAGGAGGAACUCAUGACUCUACCGGGAGUCAACCGCACUGUUGCGCAGAAUAUCGUGGAGUACCGGGACUGUAUCGGGGGGUUUAAAAAGGUGGAGGAUCUUGCUCUGGUGAGCGGGAUCGGUGCCACCAAACUAGAGGUGAUCAAACUGGAAAUAUGCGUCUCCAGCAGGACCAGUUCGUCCCAGCACUCGCCGUCCUCGCUGCGCAAAGACCUGGACCAUCAGUCCUACACUGGGAUGAACAUUAACACCGCGACCCCGGCGCAGCUCAUGAGCAUCCGAGGCAUCACGGAGAAAAUAGCCAAGAACAUCGUGGCCUAUCGGGCGGAACACGGCCCGUUCAAAAACAUCGAGGACCUGGUGAGGGUCAGCUACAUCAACAGCUCCCUGCUGGACAAAAUCCGCUUCCAGGUGUUCGUGGAGCGCUCCAGGGCGCCCUCAACCAACACCAACGGAGGGCUGACCUGUACCACAAAGUCCCACCCCAGCCCAACUUCAUUCAGCCUCAGGAGCGACGACCUGGACCUCCCGCCCGGAGGACCGACCCAGAUCAUCUCUGUGCGGCCCAACGUGGAGCCCCCACCCGGGCUGCGGGACGGGAAGCCCGUGGUGCGCGUGGCCACAUGGAGCUUGCAGAGCUGCUCCUGCGAUAAGGCCAACAACCCGGGGGUCAAAGAGGUGGUGUGCAUGACCCUGCUGGAGAACGACAUCAAGUUACUGGCAGUGCAGGACCUGCUGGAGCGGGAGGCUCUUGACAAGUUCUGUGCGGAGUUAAACCAGGGAACACUGGCCAGCGUACGAAAGUGGAAGUGGCCACGAGGGCUGUGGAAAAGUGUUGUGUCUGAAAAACCCACAGGACACUCCUGCAAGGGAGUGAGCUACUCUGGCUUUCUGUGGGACAGCUCGUCUGGUAUUGACCUGAAGGACGCUGCAGUCCUUGAGUCACCAGUUGUCAAUGGCAACGGGAGUCAUUCCUACCCUCGACCGUACCUGGCUCACUUUUCUGUUGGUUCAUAUGAGCUGACCGUGGUGAACGUCCACAUCCAGGCCACAGCUGCACCAGGAGAGUCCAACGGCAAGAACCACAACACAGAAGAAGCCAAGUGUCAGCGGCUCUCCCCCAGCAUCCAGGAAACACUAAAAGGUGAGAAGGAGUUAGUGGUGCUGGGAGACUUUGGUUCCCCUCCUCAGAGCUCAGAGCUGGACAUUCUGAGAAAGGAGAAGCUCUGUCCGCUUGUACCAUCCACACAGUUCACCAACAUCAGCACCCGCUCACCGCAGGGCACCCGCUGCCUGGAUAACAUCUGGUUGAGCCGCUCCCUCAAGAAGAUCUACUCUGGCCACUGCAUGGUCGUACGAGAGGGCUUGACCAACCCCUGGAUCCCAGAUAACUGGUCGUGGGGCGGCGUGGCGUCAGAUCACUGCCCCGUGGUCGCUGAGUUUUAUGCAGAUGUGGCCCCUAAGGAGCUGAGCAGGCCUGGUAUGGCCGUAGUGGACAGAGGAGACAUUAUGCCCAAACAUGAGCGGUGACAACAUCCGCAGUCACAGUAAAGACAUCAGAAUGACUUUAUCCUGCCUUGGUCCUGCUUAGUUUGCCGUGGAGCAAAGAGUUUCCUGAUGAAUGUGAAGAAGUGCCAAGAUUGCCUUUUUGGGUUUCAAUUUAUCACUGUAUAAUAGCAACUGGUGAGUCAUAGAGCCAUAAAAAUGUUUUGACAAUAUAUAUAUGAUGUACUUUAAAAAGAAAUGUGCCAAACAUUUUCUAUAUGUAU